GUGUUGCUUUGCCUCAGUCCUCUCUUACCUUACAUUCUCUUUCUUUUCCUUUUUUUUUUUUUUAACCUCCUUCCGCUAACUUGCUUUCUCUCUCUAAAUCUCUCUUAGGAUUUUCUCGCUCUUAGGGUUUUGCAGAUUUGCUCCGGCCAUCCAUCUUUACGACGUCGACACCUCACCGGAUCGAAAUUCCUCAGCUCGUUGUUUGUUUGGAUUCUGCAUCUAGAAUUUAACAUUUGGGAAAAGUGGCUUCAAAAAUAUACUGCCGGUCUCUUUAGGGUGUUUUCUUUCGAGCAAAGUUAGCACUGCAAUUUAUUAGGUUCUGUGGUGGAAGCUUCCAACAGAUCCCCAGUGUGAUUGCUCCUAUAUGGUUUUUUUGGAGUCUUCUGAAGUCUUCCAGCAAUAUUUAAGAAAUAGCCUCAUAUUCUUCCAACCAUUGAGGACAAACGGUCCUUUUUCUAGAGGAUCUCCUGAUCUCCAUGCUGGCAGAGAGCAUGCGUGGAAUCUGUGCUUUGGGUAAUGCACGUAAAUAGAGUUGUUGCUGAUGCACUUGGUGUGGUAACAAUUUGUCUAGUUUCUGUUCUAGUUCUUCUUGGACUAUUUUGCGUCCUGUAUUCAUUUUACUUCCGCAAUCGCAUCAAAGGUUUCACUCAACUUGGUUACUUUAGUGGCCCUUGGAUUAUCAGAAUCUUGUUCAUCUUUUUGGCAACCUGGUGGGGUCUUGGAGAAAUAUUUCGAUUGAAUUUACUGAGACGUGACGGUAGAUUGUUGAAUGCCCUUUCCGCGACAUGGCAAGAAUCAUUGUGCAAGAUCUACAUCGUCUCAAACCUGGGGUUUGCAGAGCCUUGCGUGUUCCUCACCCUCGUAUUCCUCCUCCGUGCAUCCUUACAGAAGUCUGGAACAUUGAGUCCGAAAUGGAAUGCAAGAACAGCUGGUUAUGUACUUCUCUAUUGCGUCCCAGUUUUUGUUCUUCAGCUUGUAGUUAUUUUGAUUGGACCCAAGUUCAACAAGGAAAGUAAUAUGCACAGAUUGCCGCCUUACUUCACCAAGGCUGCUGCUACAUCAAAGACAAGGCGCAAUGAUGAUGUCGCUCUCUGCACAUACCCAUUAUUGAGUACAAUCAUCCUAGGUCUCUUUAAUACAAUUUUAAGUGCGUAUCUGUCCUUGCUUGGAAGGCGAAUUCUACAUUUGGUCAUCAAUAACGGAUUGCAGAAGAGAGUAUAUGCAUUAACCUGCUCUGUUGUUUGUCUUGUUCCUUUGAGGGUUCUCUUUCUCGGUUUAUCUGUUCGGUUUAGGCCUGAACUCUUCCUGUUUGAAACUCUUGCAUUUUUGGCUUUUCUUUCCCUUUGGUGUUGUGUUGGGGUGGGUAUUUGCUUGCUUGUUUAUUUUCCUGUUGCGGAUUCUUUAGCCUUGAGGAAUCUCCAGAAAGAUAUAGAGGCUAGAAGAAGAGUUAGUGAUGAACAUAAUGACACCAUGUCACUAAUUGCUAACCAAAGCCCUGUAGAUGAGAGCCUGGUAAGCAGUCCUGGAAGGAACUCAGUGGCUUCAACCAAGCGGGGAUCAAUUUCUUUCCGGACAAUGGAGAAAGAUGAAACGUCUGGAGCAUUUGUGGAACUGAGCCUAUUCUCUCCUAGUAGGCAUUCAACCCCACCUGGCUCACCUAGACUUCUUGGCUGGCCUAUGCUUCCUGCUGCGCAGGCUCUUGGUGGACCUUAAAAGGAGCUAGUGAGGAAGCAAAAGUCAUGGUGAAACACAUUUUUGUGGUGAAGGAAACUGUUUGUAUAGGAUUUAGCUUUUUGUAUUAAUAAGGAUUGUUAUUUUUAAUCGGCUUUUUGAGAUAUAGUGGUUUGCCUGUUACCCACCUAAUUUUUUCUGGUGGAAUUCUUGAUCUGUAUCUCUCUAGAUACUCUCUAUUUCUGUGACAAUUGACCAUUUUCUCAGUGCCUAGGGAAUCCAUGCUGCUUUUUACAUUCGA